CUUCUGUUCAGCGUUUUUGCUAAGUUUAUCAUUUCAUCUUCCUUUUCCCUUCGAGUAUUGGACUCGCAUUCACGCAAUGUGCAAUUUUAAGUUCCACUCAAGAUAUUCCUUGUGAAUUAUGUUAUGUCGGCUCUCCCAAAUAGAACAAUCCGUAGACAAAGGGAAUAAUCCAUCAGUCAAUAUACUAAUACUAAUAAAAUAACUAAUUGAAUCUAAGAUGAAUGCACAUAUAUAUCUGACUAGUCAGAAUUGACUGAAUAGUGCUCAUGUAAAAUAAAAUAAUAAAAAAAAGACCGCAAAGAGUAGAAUGAGUUGAUGAGGGGACAUUGAUGCAGCGUAACAUAUAUGUUGCUGGCCCUCAUAGGAAACUCAAGUUAUUCCUUUUGAUUGUGCCAUUUGCAAAAGCAUCUUGCAUGCUCUACCUGAUAUUAUUACGACAAGCUAUCUAGCUGAACCUUUCUUUUAUCCGACCUGAUUAAUUUUUUAGCACUUCGUUUCAGUUGAAACAUAGAUUUCAAUGCAAUGCAUAUGUUUGUAACACUUUUUUUUCUCUCAUCUUUCUCCUACAGCCAACUGGCAAACCAGCACCCAGGAGGCCAGGACCAUCUGCAGAAAGAUAAAAUGGCCUUCCAGUCUGUUCCAUUUUACAGAAAAUUGGGAAGCAACUUUUUUUUUUGAGCAAGCACACUGCCAUAGUUUUGAAACCUGGACUGGUCCAGCGGGUCGACCCGGGCUUGGGAUCGGUCCGGGUCUAAGUAAAACCUGCCAGGGAGUUGGCCCGGCGAAACCCGGUUGAGACCGACCUCUUUUUUUUUUUUUAUAUAUAUAUGCAGAGACGUGAAACGGCAUCGUUUUGGCCUUUUAAAAGGCCAAAACGAUGAAGACGAAGAGCAGAAUUGCAGACAGAGAGAAAACCUACAUAAAGAAAAAGCAAUUUCAAUCGCGAAGAGCAGAGGAGCAGAAAACUCUUGAUCAUUAAAGAAAAAGCGAUUUUAAUAAGUUUUGGCAUCGAUUCGCAGUUCUUGAUCUCUGUAUCGAUUCAUUCGCAGUUCACACUCGCAGGUAUGUUUCUUUGUUCUUUUCUUUUCUGCAACUUAAUAGAUAGAAAAAACGAAAGAAAGGUCAGCAACCUAGGAUUGAGAUUUCCAUGUCAAGUGGUAGUAGAGUAAGAGCAUAUUUGGCAUGAGGUCACUGUAUAAAAACUCCUGAACUUAGUGUUGGAUGUAAAAAAACUAAAUUAGUAUGUUUAUAUUGUGCUAAAGUAUUUACGGGUAGUGACAUUAAUCGAUUUAAGCAACAUUUAGCUGGAACUAAAGAAGAAGUUGAACAAUGUCACAAAUGUCCUCCUGAUGUUCGACAUCAAAUGCUUUUGAAUCUUAAAGGAAAUGCUGGAAAAAAAAAAGAGUUAGAGAAAUGCAAGCAGAUUUCAAUCCAUUUAAUGCACAACAAAGGGAGCAUGAAGAGAUGAUGAUUAGGCAAUUAGAAGAAGAUGAUGAUUGUGAUGAUGAUGAUGGGGAUGAGGAUGUCAAUACUAAAAAACAUAUGUUACCAUUUAAGAUUGCAAAAAAGAAAAAGAUUCAAAGCACCAGCACUAUAAAACAAUCGACUACAAGUGAUGGAAAGCAGAAGAAAUCUGCAACAUUAGGGACAUAUUUCAUGCCGAGAACAACUCCUGGUUCUCAAAAGUCUCUUCAGAAUUGUUGGCAAAUGAAGGAAGCAGUUGAACGACGUGAUCUUGUUUUAGUGAAGUGGAUGAUUGAUGCAUGUGUGCCACUUAAUGCUGUUAACUUUGUGUAUUAUCAGCAUGCCAUAGAUGUUGUAAUAGCCAUGGGUCCUGGUUAUAAAGGACCAAACUUGCAUGAUAUUCGUGGUUAUUACUUGGCAAAAGCGGUUGAUGAAGUGAAGAUUUAUGUUGAGAGUUAUCGAGAGAUGUGGAAGAAGACUGAUUACAUAUUAAUGGCUGAUGGAUGGACAGAUCAGAAGAGGAGGACUUUAGUUAACUUCUUAGUAUAUUGUCCUAAAGGAACAAUUUUUUGAAAAUUGUGGAUGUAUCAAAUGUCUCAAAGACUGCUAGAUUGUUGCAUCAGUUGUUUAGAGAGGUUUUGUAUGUUGGGGUAGAAAACAUUAUGCAUAUGGUGACUGAUAAUGCUGUAAAUUAUGUUGUUGCUGGCAAGUUAUUGAUGGAAGAAUUUCCUUUAAUAUUUUGGUCUUCUUAUGCUGCUCAUUGCAUUAACCUCAUACUCCAGGAUAUUGGUAAAUUGCAGUCAGUUUGUUCAGUUGUUGAGCAUGCUUCUGGUAUCACAAAGUACAUUUAUAAUCAUUGUUAUCCAUUGUAUUUGAUGAGGAAGUUCACUGGAGGAAAAGAAAUACUUCGUCCAGCUCCUACUCGUUUUACUACCAAUUUUAUUGCAUUGCAAAGCAUUUUAGCUCAUAAAGAUGAGUUGAGAGCUAUGGUGACAUCUAGCAAAGGAAAAAAAAUUGUUGAGAGUGUGUUAGACUCUCUGUUUUGGGAAGAAUAUGCAAUAAUUGUGUGAUUGAGUGAACCUUUAGUUUGAGUUCUACGAAUGGUUGAUGGUGAUGAUAGACCUUCGAUGAGAUAUUUGUAUGAUGCUAUUCAUCAUGCAAAAAAAGAAAUGUUGAGGAGAUUUCAAAAGAGAAAGGCUAGAGUGAAACCUUUCAUAGACAUUAUCAAUAAUCGGUGGGAUGGACAACUAUAUAUAAAUCUUUAUGCAGCGGCAUUUUGGUUGAAUCCUUGAUUCAAUAUGAUGCAAAUAUAAUGGAUAAACAUAUGAGUGCCAUUUCUAGACUUCUAGAUGUUCUUGAGAAGUAUGCACAUGGAAAUCUACCUUUGCAAAGUAAGAUUACAAGUGAGAUGAAGUGUUUAGGAAUGCUGCACAUGACUUUGGUCGAACGUCCGCAAUAAAUAAUCGCACGCUUAUGCCUCUAGGUAUAUAAUUUUUAUAUUUAAAAAUAUUAUUUGACAUAAUCUUACUUCUUAUUUUUUUGUAUAGAUGAAUGAUGGAUGACAUAUGAAACCAGUGCUCUAAAUCUACAACAUUUGGUUAUACGAGUGUUUAGUCAAACUUGUAGUUCUUUGGGAUGCGAGAGAAAUUGGAGUAUGUUUGAACAUAUUCACUCUAAAAAGAGAAAUAGAUUGGAGCAUCAAAGGCUUAAUGACCUUAUUUACAUCCACUGCAAUUUAAGAUUGAAACAAAAGUAUUUUUUUUUCUCUAAUUUCUUAAAUAUUAUUUUAUUUUAUUUAGUAGCAUUAUUAAUAAUUAUAUUGUGUUUACCUUCACUUUUAAUAUAUAGGAAUUAUUGGAAAGGAUGAAAUUAUGAUCCAAUUAAUUUUGAGACAAUUUGUGACAUUGAGAAUUGGGUAGUAGAAGAUGACCCGUCAAUUUUGACAACUGAAGAAGCAGAGAGUUUUCACCAAGCUCUAUCAACAAUGAUCAUACAAGAUACUUUAGAUGAUGAUAAUUAAUAAUUGAUUAUUUAGUGAUAAAUAUUAUUUAAAAUAAAGUA